AUGGCAGAUGAAUUAGCUAACCGUAUUACAAAUGAAUUAAAAGAUCGUCUACCUGAUAUUACUAAUAAAAAUGUUCUAGCUAUUGUCAAUGAUGUAGAACAUCCAACAUUUUAUACAAAACUAUUAUCGAAUACUGAACAAUUGAUUGUAUUCACAGAAUCAUCUAAUAUUUAUAAACAAUUAGAUGAAAAAUCAGAAAAUUUUCAAAAAACACCGAUAUUAAAUUGUGCUAAAUUUAAUAAUGCUGAAUUACAAAAUAAUUUAUUUGAUGUUAUUCUUCUUAUUAAAUCAUUUAAUCGAUUAAGUGUUGAUGAGAAACAAAAAAUGUUAAAAAAUCUUUUAAAAACUCUUAAAGUUAAUGGUCAAGUUUUUGUUUAUGAAAGUGAAUGGUCAAAAGAUAAUGAAAAUCAUUUAAAUAAUCCAGUUGAUCUUAUUCAUUAUUUUAAUUCUGCUAUAAUAACUGAAAAUGAAAAAUAUGGUUUUGAAUUUAUUUCUUCACGACCAUUGCGUAGUUAUGUUGAAAGUAAACAAGAAUCAUUUCAUAUUUGUUAUAUUUUUAAAAAAAUUACUAAACAAGACGAUCAUGCAACAUUACAAGAUUUUCUUGAUCAACAACAAUAUUCUACACGUGGUGUUUUAUCUUAUGAAAGAAUUUUUGGAUCUGGUUUUGUAUCAACUGGUGGUCCAGAUACAACAAAGGAAUUUGUUGAAUCAUUUAAUCUUAAAAGUGAUCAACACGUUUUGGACGUUGGUUGUGGUAUUGGUGGAGGUGAUUUUUAUAUGGCUAAGACAUAUGGAUGUUCGGUAAUUGGUGUUGAUUUAUCUACUAAUAUGGUUAGUAUUGCUUAUGAACGGUUAAUGAGUAUGUCAGCUAAUAAGCUUAAGGUAUCAUUUGAAAUUGGUGAUGUACUACAUCAUGAGUUCAAAGCAAAUUCAUUUGAUGUUGUCUAUAGUCGUGAUACAAUUUUACAUAUUGCUGAUAAGAUGAGUCUAUUUUCUCGUCUUUAUGGUUGGCUUAAACCUGGUGGUCAAUUAUUUAUUUCUGAUUAUGCAUGUGCACCGAAAAAUGAAUGGUCAAAAGAAUUUGAAGACUAUGUCAGUCAAAGACGAUAUGUACUUUUAACUGUACCAGAAUAUGGCAAACUCUUGGAAAGUGUUGGUUUUAAAAAUGUUAAUGCUCAAGAUGCAACGGAUAAAUUUGUUGAAUGUCUUAAGAUGGAAUUAACACGAAUUGAAUCAAUUAAAGAUGAUUUUAUUCGAGAAUUUUCCAGUGAUGAUUAUGAUCAUUUAAUUGAAGGUUGGCAUAAAAAACUUGAACGAUGUGCCAAAGGUGAUCAACGAUGGGGUAUUUUUCGAGCAAGAAAAUGA